UCAAAAAGUUUCGUUAGGAAAAAACGUAUUAUUACAUUAUAUACCGGAUUUAAUGGGGAACGCAUAUAUAUAUUAUUUACUGGAACAUCAUUGUGGGAAAUUCUUCAUUUGAUUAAAUCACGUGGCUUAUAACGUCAAAAUGAUUGGCUAAGGGAGUCAAUAAAAUUUACUAUGGAAUGUGUAGUAAAAUAAAGCGAUCUUUCCGUUUUUAACGAAUUGGUAGUAGGAUAAAGAGUUACAACUCUUACAGAAAAUAUAAAUUAUUUUAUAGAGACAACUGAAAGAACCAAACAAAUAGAGACGACGACCACCACUCUUACAAGGACUACCCUGUCUAAAAAUCAUGGUAAGUUUUUUUUUUUUUAAAUGAGAGUUAAAUGUAAAAAUGGGUGGACACGAAGAAAAUAAUCUUAAAAUUGAUUGAACCUUUUUUAAAAAAGGGUUAUGGAUUAUUUAUUAUAGGAACGACUAUAAAGGAUCUAAAAGAGAAGUUUCUGAAGGCAAUGAAUUCAGCGGAGGAAACUGAAUCUCUUACGGACAUGGCCUUAGGAUUUUUAAUGUGGGCGAUUAUGGCAUCGGUUGCCGCAUUCUUGGUAUUACUCAAGAAAUGGUUUCUCAAAAAAUGCUGCGGGGAAGAGCAAUCAACAAAUAACCAGCCAACACAGCAGCCCACUUUGAACCCGGUCUUCUCCCCAGGACAGCUGAGCGUGAUACCACUGGUGGUGAUGCACACACCACCAUCUUCCACCAUCAGUGGUUCACCGUCUAGUACUAGUGUCGCCAUUACGCCAGAGAUUAACCGGGAGGAGGAGGAAGAGGAAGAGCCAGUAGGGCACAGAACCAGACUGUCCUGUGCCCGAAGACUAAACUGGUCUAAAACCAGUGUAGUUUAGUUUUAAUUUUGAUCAAGUGUUGUUAGAUUAGAUGAAUUAGAUAUGCAAAGGAAAGUAACUAUACAAUAUAAAGCAAUAUUCUUGGUCUAAAAUUUAAACAAUAUUUUUUG